CACUGUCAUCAAGCCAGUAAAACGUUUUCAUCUUAUCAUUGAAAGUACAAAUUAAAAUGGAAAAAAGAUUUUGUCAAAAUGUAUGUGUAUAUAUCUGUAUCUUACAUGAUUUGGGGACUGAAAACACUCAUUUGAAGACAUUAAAUUUGAAUGUCUUUCAACGAAUAUUUUCCUAGUGUGAGAUGAGAUUCUGUAAUAUAUAUGUGUAAAUACUAUAAAAAUAUAGCAAGUUCAAUAACGAAAAUUUUUAUGAUUUCAUGGAAUAUGUCCAAUGACAUAAGACUAGGGCAUCAUAUCCAAAGCAACCAUUUCAUCUAAAAUACAAUCUAUAUUCAUGACAAGAGACCAUAAGAAGAUCUUUUUGUGGACAAUAAAUAACUUGUAUUAGAGUAGGCAGUAACUGAAACAUAAUUGCUUUCACAGAUCAUUUAAUAUUAAUACAGUAUGAUGAAGGUGAAACCAAAACUGUGCUCCCAUUAUUAGAUUUUAAAAUACAGACAGUGCUCAUGAGCUGAGCCGUAUCUCAACAUGUUAGUGAUAAGUGUAAUGUGUGGGUUCUAAACCAACAAGAUAUAAACUAGGACUCAUUUACACUUAUGACCCUUGGAGAUCACCUUCAAAUAGGGUAUCAUGAAGAAGAUUGUUGAGCAAGUCAAUUAAACUUUUCAUUCAGUCAACGUUAGGCAAAUAAAAGAUGAAAUGUGAAUGUUUGUAUACUAUAUAAUUUAGUAUUAUAGGAAUCAGUAAUGUUUGACAUUGAUAUUGACAUAGUCUGUAGUCAUGGCUUCCAGUCAUAAAAUAGGUAAGUAUGUCUCUUGUACAGAUAACUAAGUACCUAUAUAGAAGUUCUUUAUAACACAAGUUAUUAAUUAGUUAACACAAUAUCAGGUUGUGUUAUUUUUAAAAGUUAAUUUUUUUGUAAUCAAGAUAAUACUGGUGUCUUUACAAAAAUAUAGAAGUUUUUCUUCUUUUUCCCUUUUGUGGAAUACUUUGAGGAGUAUUGCAGUGAGUUAUUUGAGACUCUUGUAGAAUUCAUGGUGAAUCACUAUACCUAGGCUUGCUUUCCUUUUUCUUUUAAUUAAGAGAUUUUUAAAUUAUCAUUUCUAUCUUGGUUGUUAUGUGUCUGUUUUAAUAAUUUACUUCUUCUUGAUUUAAUGUUGUUAGAUUUUAUACAUCUAGAAGUCUACCCAUUUAUUAUUUUUUUUUUACAUUUAAAUGCUUAGUUGAAUGAAGACUUUUAAAAUAUGAACCUAUCAUUCUCUGCUUUCCUUAGUACAUAUUGUAGUAUCUUUUAGACCAGGAUUGAUACAGUUGACAUGGUCUUAAAAGAGAACAGACAGGCAUUUCCAAAAGCAGGAUUUUUCUCUCAGACAAAACACUGAUAUGCUAUUCUUUUGCGGGGGGAAGUGGAGAUUCUGUGCUGUAGUACCAGGGGCUGGAGGUCUUAAGUAGCUUGAUGGGGAGGACAUACUGUGGGGGUUCAGUGUAUAAAUUUCUGGCCUUAGUCCUGCCUUCUGUAGGUGUGUGGGUUUAUUUCUGAGUAUUUGAUUCAAUUCCAUUGACACUCCAAGUCUGUUUCUCUGCCAGUACUUUGUAUGCUGUUAUUAUUACUAUUGCUCUAUAGUAUAGCUUUAGAUCAUGGAUGGAAAUAACUUCAGAAGUUCUUUAUUAUACUGGGUUUGUUUUUUUUAAUAUGAUGUUGAGAAUUGUUCUUUCAAGGUCUGUAAGGAAUAGUGUUGGUAUUUUGAUGGGAAUUGCGUUAAUCUCUUGAUUUCUUUUGGUAGGAUGACCAUUUUUGCUGUUAUUCUUACUGAUCCAUAAGCAUGGAAAAUCUUUUAAUUUUCUGAUAUCUUCUUCAAUUUCUUUCUUCAGAGGCUUGAAGGGUUUUUGUUUGUUUGUUUGUUUGUUUUUCAUACAGAUCUUUCCUUUGCUUGGUAAGAGUUGAACUGAUGUACUUUAUGUUAUUUGUGACUAUUGGAAGGUUGUUGUUUCCCCAAUUUCUUUCUCAGCUCACUUGUCUUUUGUAUACAGGAAGACUUCAGAUUUUUUUUUUGAGUUAAUUUUAUAUCCAGCGAUUUUGCUGAAGGUGUUUGUCAGCUGUAGGAGUUCUCUGGUAUAAUUUUUAGGGCCACUCAUGUAUACUAUCAUAUCAUCUGUGAAUAUUGAUACUUUGACUUCUUCCUUUCUAAUUUGUAUCCCUUUGAUCUCCUUUAUUUGUCUUACUGCUCUAUGGACAGGGAGGAUGAUAUCUUUAAUGUGUUCUAGGAUUCGGUUUGCAAGUAUUUUAUUGAGUAUUUUUGCAUCGAUGUUCAUAAGAAAGAUAGGUCUGAAGUUCUCUUUUUUGAUUGGGUCUUUGUGGGGUUUUGGUAUCAAGGUGACUGUGGCUUCCUCGAAUGAGUUUGGUUGCUUCUGUAUCUAUUUUGUGGAAUAGUUUGAAAAGAAUUGGAGUUAGGUCUUCUUUGAAGGUCUGGUAGAAUUCUGUGCUGAAACCAUCUGGCCCUGGGCUUUUUUUUUUUUUGGCAUGAGACUUGUGAUGACUGAUUCUAGUUCCUUGGGAGAUAUAGGACUAUUCAAUUUAUUUACCCAAUCUAGAUUUAAUUUUGGUAGAUGGAAUCUCUCAAGAAAAUUGUCCAUUUCAUUUAGAUUUUCAAAUUGUGUGGCAUAUAGACUUUUCUAGUGAGACCUAAUGAUUGUUUGGAUUUCCUCAGUGUCUGUUGUUAUGUCCCACUUUUCAUUUCUGAUUUUGCUGAUUUGGAUAAUUUCUUUCUCCCCUUUACUUAUAUUGGCUAAGGAUUUGUCUAGCUUGUUGAUUUUCUCCAAGAACCAGCUCUUAGUCUUCUAGAUUCUUUGAAUUGUUUUCUUUGUUUCUAAUUCAUUCAUCUCAGCUCUGAGUUUCAUUAUUUCUAGUUGUCUACUCCUCUUGGGUGUGCCUCUUCCUUUUUUUCCUAGGGCUUUUAGGUGUGUCAUUAAAUUGCUUGUAUGAGAUGAACUACUCUCUGGAGGCACUUAGUGCUAUGAACUUUCCUUUUAGCAGUGCUUUCAUUGUGUCCCACAAGUUUGGGUAAGUUGUGCCGUCAUUUCCAUUGAAUUUUAGGAAGUCUCUAAUUUCUUUUUCCAUUUCUUCCCUGACAAAGCUGUCAUUGAGUAGAGAGUUGCUUAGUUUCCAUGUGUAUGUAGGCUUUUUGUUAUUUCUGUUGUUGUUGAAGUCUAGUUUUAAUCCAUGUUGGUCUGAUAGGAUACAAGGGAUUAUUUCGAUCUUCUUGUAUAUUUUGAGGCUUGCUUUGUGCCUGAUUAUAUGGUCAAUUUUUGAGAAGGUUCCAUGAAGUGCUGAAAAUAAGGUAUACUCUUUUGUGUUUGGGCGAAAAGUUCUGUAGACAUCUAUUAGGUCCAUUUUAUUUAGGACCUCUGUAAUUGUUAUUUCCUUAUUUUGCUUCUGUCUAGAUGAUCUGUCCCUUGGUAAGAGUGUAGUGUUGAAGUCUCCUACUAUUAAGUUGUUGGGAUCGAUGUGUGAUUUAAGCUUUAAUCAUGUAUCAUUUAUCAUCAAAUUCAGCUUCUGAAUUUGGGGCCUAGAUGUUCAGGAUUAUGAUGUCCUUCUGGUAUAUUUUUCCUUUGAUGAGAAUGAAUUGCCCUUCCUCAUCUUCUUUCAUUAAUUUUGGUUGAAAGUCUAUUUUUAUCAAGAGUAUUGGCCUGUGGGUUGUGUGUGUGUGUGUGUGUGUGUGCAUGUGUGUGUGAUUUUAAUUAGUUUGCUUAUGACAGGAAUGCUGGAUUUCUAGAAAGAGUUUUGAAGUGCUUCUUCUGUUUCUUUUCCUUUUUUUCUUUUCUUGAUAGUUUAGGAAGGAUUAUUAUAGCUCCUUUUUGAAUGUCUGGUAGAAUUCUGGUGUGACUUCAUCUUAAGCAGACACACUCAAGUGGAGUAAAUGAUUAGAAAUAAUCAAAUUCAGAGGUGAAAUCUCAUUCUAUUAAGCCACAGUCACCUUGACACCUAAAGUCCCAAAAGACCCAACAAAAAAAGACAACUUCAGACCUACCUCUCUUAUGAACAUUGAUGCAACAUUACUCAAUAAAAUACUUGCCAACUGAAUCCAAGAAAACAUCAAAGAUAUCCACCAUGACCAAGUGGGCUUCAUCCCUGCAUGCAGGGGAGGUUCAGUAUAUGGAAAUCUAUCAAUAUAAUCCACCACAUAAACAAACUGAAGGAGAAAAAGCACAUGAUCUUCUUAGAUCCUGAAAACGCAUUUGAUAAAAUCCAACACCCUUUCUUGUUUAAAGUCUUGGACAAAUGAGAGGUACAAGGCACAUACCUAAACAUAGUAAAGACAAUAUACAGCAAGUCUUUAGCCAACAUCAAACUAAAUGGAGAGAAACUUAAAUCAAUCCCAGUAAACCUCAGGGAAAAGGCAUGGCUGCUCACUCUCUCAGUAUCUCUUCAACAUAGUACUUGAAGUCCUCACUAGAGCAGUAAGAUAACUAAAGCAGAUCAAGAGGAUACAAAUCAGAAAGGAAGAAGUCAAAGUAUCGUUAUUUGAAGAUGAUAUAAUAUACAUAAGUAACUGCAGAAAUUGAACUAGAAAAAGCCUUCAGCUGCUAAACACCUUCAACAAAGUGGCUGGAUACAAAAUUAACUGAAAAAAAAUCAGUAGCCCUUAUGUGUACAAAAGACAAAAGGGCUGAGAAAGAAAUUAGGGAAACUACACCCUUCACAUUAGCCAGUAAUAAGUACCUUGGUGUGACUCUAACGAAGCAUGUGAAACACCUGUUUGAAAAAAAUGUCAAGGCUCUGAAAAAUGAAAUUGAAGAGGUAUCAGAAGAAGGAACGAUCUCCCAUGCUCAUGGACUAGUAGGAUUAACAUAGUGAAAAUGGCCAUCCUGCCAAAAGCAAUCAAUGGAUUUAAUGCAGUUCCCAUCAAAAUACCAACACAAUUCUUUAUAGAUCUUGAAAGAACAAUUCUUUACUUCACAUGGAACAACAAAAAUCCCCAGAACUAAACCUAUCUUGUACAACAACAGAUCGUGUGGAGGCAUCUCCAUUCCUGAUCUCAAGCAAUACUAUAAAGCAACUGCAUAAUACUGACAUAUAAACAGAAUGGUGGGUCAAUGGAACUGAAUAGAAGAUGUAGAAAUAAACCCAUACACCUAUGGAUACUUGUUUUUUGACAAAGAAGCCAAAACCAUACAAUGGAAAAAGCCUGCAUCUUCAACAAAUGGUGCUGGUCUAACUGGAUGUCUGCUUGUAGGAAAAAAUGCAAAACGAUCCAUAUUCAUCACCUUACACAAAACUAAAGUCCAAAGUGGAUCAAAGAUCUCAACAUAAAACCAGACAUAGUAAACCUGUUAAAAGAAAUAUUGGUGAGGAGCCUUGAACUCAUUGGCAUAGGAGAAUACUUCCUGAACUGAACACCAAUAGCUCAGGCUCUGAGAUCAAAAAUUAAUAAAUGGGGUCUCAUGAAACUGAAAAGUUUCUGUAAACAAAGGACUCUGUCAUCAAAAUGAAACGACAGCCUACAGAUUGAGAAAGUAUAGCCCUAUAGCUGACAGAGGGCUAAUCCAGAAUAUAUAAAGAACUCAAGAAGUUAAACAGCAAUAAAACAAGUAGUCCAAUUAAAAAUGUGGUAUAGAGCUAAAUAGAGAAUUCUCAGUGGAGGAAUAUUGAAUUGCAGAGAAACAGUUAAAGCAAUGUUCAGCAUCCUUAAUCAUUAGGGAAAUGCUGAUCAAAACAACCCUGAGAUUUCAUCUUACAGCCAUCAAAAUGGCUAAAGCUCAAGUGACAACACAUGCUGGAGGAGAUGUCCAGAAAGGGGAACCCUCCUCCAUUUCUGGUAGGAAUAUAAACUUGUACAGCCACUUUGGAAAUCAAUCUGGCACUUUCUCAGAGAAAUAGGAAUAUUGUUUCCUCAGGAUCCAGCUAUAGCACUCCUAGCUAGGCAUAUAUCCAAAACAUGCUCAAGUAUACAACAGGGGCAUUUGCUCAACUCUGUUCAUAGCAGCUUUAUUUGUAAUAGCCAGAUCUGGAAACAAUCCAGAUGUCCCUCAAAUGAAGAAUGGAUACAGAAAUUGUGGCACAUUUACACAAUGGUAUACUGCUUAGAUAUUAAAAACAGGAAAAUCAUAAAAAUUGCAGGCAAAUGGUGGGAACUAGAAAUGCUCAUCUUGACUGAGGUAUCCCAGAAGUUGAAACAAACACAUGGUAUAUACUCAUAAAUGGAUUUUUAGACAUAUGUAGGACAAACAUUCUAAAAUAUGUUCACCUCUAGAAGGUAAACAAGGAGGACCCUGGUUACAUGAUCAGUCCUCACUCAGAAUGACAAAUGGGACAGAUAUUGGAAGUGGGAGAUACCAGGCAAUAGGACAGGAACUGACCACUGAGGGCCUCUGAAGACUGUACCCCACAGGGUAUCAAAGUAGAUGCUGACAUUCAUAGCCAAACUUUAGGCAGAGUGCAGGUAAUCUUAUGAAAGAAGGGGAGAUGAGAGGACCUGGAGGGGACAAUAUCUCCACAAGGAGAACAAUAGAUCCAAGAAAUCUAGGCAUAGGGGUGCCAGAGCCCACCAGGAGAGUUGAAUGGUUCUUGAGUCGGGAGUGAGGAUUGAAAUUAAUGAAAAAACAAACAAACAAACAAACAAAAAACCCCAAAUACACAGCAUACAGGAAACUUUUUUAAAGAGGCUCCGGACUGCAGCAGCCGCAGUCACAAGUAGCAAACAGAUGUAGCAGCAGCAGCAAGCCACACGCCUUAGCCACAACAGCCUGAUUUUUUUUGUAGACAGCUUUUAAGCCACAGUAAAAACAGCUCAGAACAAUGGGUUAAAUUUCCACAAGGAGCUGGAGCAAGAGGUAUGAUCUUCACAAGCUAUCUCACCUGCUGUCACAAACAAAAGGUGAUGGACUUGCAAAUUCUUCCCUGACUUCAGUGAAGUCCUGGUAAAAGCAGUCUUUCCACUGAGAUAUAAAUAUCAAAGCAGCUGCCAGAGCCACGGCUCCCAACUUAAAGGUCUUUUCUGAGACUGCUACUCCAAUCAAGAACCAUGCAUGGAGAUAACAUAGAAUCUUUAAUAGCUCUACACAGUUGUAGCCCAUGGCAGCUCCAAGUGGGUUCUGUAGAAAGGGGAACAGUGACUGCCUCUGACAUGAACUCAGUGACUGGCUCUUUGAUCACCUUCCCUUGAUGGGGCUCCAGCCUUACCAGGCCACAAAGGAAGACAAUGCAGCUAGUCCUGAUGAGACCUGAUAGGCUAGGUUCAGGUGGAUGGGGAGGAAUACCUUCCAUAUCAGUCAUCUUGUGGUGGGGCAUGGUAGGACAUGAGGGAGGUAGGAUUGGGAGGCAAUAAUGGAGUGAGAUACAGUGGGGAUACAAAGUGAAUAAACUAAUUUAUUUAAAAAUAAAUUAAUAAAAAUAGACUCAAAAGUCUAAUAAAAUUUCUCUGAAGAGAAUACAGACAUACAUCAAAACUAUUAUCCACUAUGAAUGACUUGCUUAUCCCUGAUAUGGCACAACAUAAGUCAAUAAAUAUAAAAACUACAUAAAUGAUGUAUAAACAGAAAUCACAUGAACAUCUCAAUAGCUUAAACAAAAACCAAAAAACGUCUUUAAAAAAAUCCAACGUGCCUUUAUCAUAUAAGUUUCAAAAGUUGUAAGGCCAGAAGCAAUACCUCUCAACACAAUAAAAUCUAUAGAUGAGAAACCUGCAUCCACAAUCAUCCCUAAUAGAGAAAAGGUUUAGGCAAGUAUACUCAGGUCAGAAGUUUGUCAUCUAUGUUCACCACCCUCACUUUUUUCAAUAUUUUGCUCAAAGUGCUUGUUUAAGCAAUAAAGAAAGAUAAAUAAAGGAAUAUAAAUAGGGAAAGUAGAAUUCAAACUAUCACUCUUUGCAGAUGAUGUAAUAAUAUGCAUUGCAGUUCCCCAAAAUUCUAUCACAAAAAAAUUAUGAAAUGAUUAACAAUAUAGCUAUGUGACAGGAUACAGAAUUAACUUGCAGAAAUCUAUUUACUUUUGUAUAUACCAACAUCAAACAUUCAAAGGAGAUCUUGAACACACUCCCAUUCAGAAAUGUCUGAAAGAAAAUAAAGUAUCUAGUAAUAAACAGAUGAAAGAAAAAAACACACCCACAAUGAGAACUUCAAACACCUGAAGAAAUCAAGAAAGACACUGGAAAAUGAAGAGACAUCCCAUGUUCCUGGAUUGAUGAUGGUAAAAUUUUGAAAAUGACUGUUCUACCAAAAGCUAUUCACAAAUUCAAUGCAAAUGCAAUGAAAAGCAUAAUAUCAUUCUUCACGAACAGAAAAAAAAAUUCUGCCCAGUUUCUUCAUCCAUUUCUGUUGUCUAUUCUAUUUUCUAUUCUGAGUGAGACUGGCACCCUCCUGUGGACCCUUGUUAUUUUGCUUCUUUGGGUCUGUGGAUUGUAGUAUGAUUAUCCUGUACUGUAGGUUUAAUAUCUGCUCAUAAGUGAGUACACAGUAUGUGUUUCUAUCUAUGUCUGUGUUACCUCACUCAGGAUAAUUUUUUUUUUCUAGUUUGAUCCUUUUGCCUGCAGUUUCCAUGAUUUCUUAUUUUUAAUAACUGAUUAGUAUCCCAUUGUGUAAAUGUACCAGAAAUGCUUUUAUACAUUCUUCUAGAUUUGAGGGACAUCUAGGUUGUUUCCAGUUUCUAGCUUUUAUGAAUAAAACAGCUAUGAACAUAGUAGAACAAAUGUCCUUGUCCUAUAAUGGAACAUCUUUUGAAUAUGUUCCCUCGAGUGGUAUAGCUGGGUUUUGAGGCAGAACUAUUCCCAGUUUUCUGAGAAUGCACCAGAUUGAUUUCCAGAGAAGUUGUACAAGUCUGCAUUCCCAUCAGCAUGGGAGGAAUAUUCCCUUUUCUCCACAUCCUCACCAGCAUGUGUUGUCACUUGAGUUUUUGAUCUUAGCCAUUUGAGUGGUAUAAGAUGGAAUCUUAGAGUCAUUUUGAUUUCCAUUUGUCUGAUGGCUAAGGACUUUGAUGAUUUUCUUUAGUGCUUCUCAUCCAUUCAAGAUUCCUCUGUUGUGAAUUCUCAGUUUAAAUCUGAACCCCAUUUUUAAAAUUGGUUUAGUUGAUUUGUUGGUGUUUAAUUUCUUAAGUUCUUUGUAUAUUUUGGAUUUUACCACUCUGUCUGAUGUAGGGUUGGUGUUAGUAUUUUCCCAAUCUGUUGGCUGCCAUUUUGAUCUAUUGAUAAUGUCCUUUGACUUACAGAAGCUCUUCCAUUUCCUGAGAUCCCACUUAUUAGUUGUUGAUCUCUGAGCCUGUGCUGUUGUUUUUUUAUUGUGUCCUAUGUUAAGGAGUUCCAGACUUUUCUUCACCAUGUCUUAUCUAAAUAUAUCUCUGGUUUUAUGUCAAGGUCUUUGAUCCACUUGGACUUGAGUUUCUGCAUAGUGAUACAAAGGGGUCUAUUUGCAUUUUUCUACAGGCAGACACCUAGUUAGACCACAACCAUUUGUUGAAGAUGCUGUCAUUUUUCCAUUGUAUGGUUUUAUCUUUGUUGAAAGUAAAGUUCCAGUAGGAGCGUGGGUUUAUUUCUGUGUCCUUAUUCCUGACCUUAUUUGUAGAGGAUCGGUCUGCUCUCAAGGGUGUUUUAUUUUUCCAUAUGAAGUGCUUGCUCUUUCAAGGUCUGUAAAGAACUAUGUUGGAAUGUUGGUGGGAAAAGGAUUGAAUCUGUAGUUUGCAUUUGUUAGGAAUGCUGUUUUACUAUGUUAAGCCUACAUAUCCAUGAUUUUGGGAGAUCUUUCCAUCUUCUGAUAUCUUCUUCAGUUUUUUUUUCUGUAAAGACAUGAAAUUCUAGUCAUAGAGGUCUUUCACUUCUUGGUUAGAGUUACAACAAAAUAUUUUAUAUUGUUUGUGGCUACUGCACAGGGUGUUAUUUACCAAAUUUCAUUCUCAGCCCAUUUUUCAUUUGUAUACAGAAGGGCUAAUGAACUUUUUGGUAAACUGUGUUCCCAGCUAUUUUGUGAAAAGUAUAUAUCAAUUGUAGGAAUGCUCUGGUAGAAUUUCUUGGGUCACUUAUGUAUACUAGUAUAUCAUCUGCAAAUAGUGAUAAUUUGACUUCUUCCUUUCCAAUGUGUAUCUUCUUGAUCACCUUCAGUAUUUUUUAUUGUUCUAGCUAGGACUUAAGUAGUAUAUUGAAGAGAUGUGGGGAGGAUAGGCAUCCCAUCCUUGUCAUGUACCUCAUAUGAGUGGAAUUUAAGUUUCUCUCCAAGUAAUUUGAUGCUGGCUCUCAGCUUGCUUUUUACUGCCUUUAUUAUGUUAAGUAUGUGCCUGAUUCCUUGUAUGCUUGAUUUCUCCAAGUCUUUUAACAUGAAGGGGUGUUGGAUUUUGUGAAAGGCUUUAUCUCGUCUAAUGAGGUGAUCAUGUGAUUUUGUUCUUUCACUUUGUUUAUAUGGUGGAUUACAUUGAUGGAUUUUCAUAUGUUGAACCAUCCUGGUAUCCCUGAGAUAAAACCUAUGCGUUCAUUGUGUUUAUCUUUGAUGUAUUUUCGGAUUUGGUUUUCGACUGUUUUAUUGAGUGUAUUUAUAUCUAUGUUCAUAAGUGAGAAUGGUCUGAAAUUCUCUUUCUUUGUUGAGACUUUGGUUUGUGUAUCAGGGUGACAGCCAUCAGAAUGAGUUUGGCAAUGUUUCUUCUGUUUGUAUUUUUGGAAUAGUUUGAUAAGUAUUGGUAUUUACUCUUGUUUGAAAAUCGGGUAUGAUUCUAUGCUAAAGCCAUCUGACCCAGGGCGUGUGUGUGUGUGUGUGUGUGUGUGUGUGUGUGUGUGUGUGUGUGUUUGGCAGAAUUUUUAAUGACUGCUUCCAUUUUCUAAGGUGUUAUUGGCUUUGUUGUUUCAUUUUAUUAAUUUUAUUGUUUUUGUUUUUGAAGAAAAAGUUUCUGUUGUCUUGUGUGUCCUGUAAGUAGGUAUGUGAAUCACAUGGGCCUCAGACUUAGAGAUCCACCUGAAUCUGGAUCAUGGAUUGUAUGUGGGCCCACAUGCCUGUCUUUGUAGUGUUGUUUUGUUUUCUUUUUAUAUUAUUGGCUAAUAGACCUGAAAUUUGUUCAUAUCAAACCCGUUGUUUACUUGAUCUUUACUCACAUCUUGAAUUUUGAAAUUUUUCAGAGCACAUUUCUCUUUUGGCAACUUCAGGCUCAUUAACCAAUGCUGUUACAUUAUGGCCACACCCAUAAAAUUCCAGGAGCCUCCCUUGACCCAGAAACUCACCCAGAUUUCUAUUUUUUCUUCUUGUUACCUUCCUCCCUCUACUCUCCCCAUACCUGAUGCCCAUCCCCAUUACCCUACCCACUCCCUCUCCCACUCUGUACCUUCCCUCUAUUUAAUUCAGAUACAUAUCUCAUUUUCUCUUCAGAGUGAGUUUACUACAUCCUGCCUUUACUCUCCUUGACUCUCUGGUUGUGUGGAUUGUUCCCUGGUUAUCCUGUAAUGUAUGGUUAAUUUCUACUUAUAAGUAAGUAGGUACCAUGUGGGUCUUUCUGGGUCUCAGUUAUCUCACUCAGAAAGAUCUUUCCUAGUUCCACCCAUUCUCUUGCUGAUUGCAUGAAGUCUUUUUUAUUAAUAGCUAAUUGGUAUUCCAUUGUGCAACUGUAUCACAUUCUCUUUAUUCAUUCUUCAGUGGAAGGAAGUCUAGGCUGUUUCCAGUUUGUGUUUAUUACAAAUGAAUAUGCUGUGAACAUAGUUAAGCAAGUGUUCUUCUGGUGUAGUAGAGCAUCUUUUGGGUAUAUUACCCUAAGUGGUAUAGCUAUUAAGGUAUGUAGGAAUUGACAUUUGUCUUUUCUUAAUUUUUUGAGACAUAUCUAAAUGGAUUUCCAAAGAGGUUGUUCAAGUUUUCAUUCUCACCAUCACUGGAGGUGUGUUCUCUUUACUCCACAUUCCUCACCACCGUGUGCUGUCACUUGAGUUUCGUGAUCUGAGCUAUUCUGACAAGUGUAAGAUUGAAAUGAAGAAUCCUUCAAUUUACAUUUCCUUGAUGACUAAAGACACUGAACAGUUCUUUAAGUACCUCUCAUCCAUUAGCACUUCCUCUGCUUAGAGUUCUCUGUUUAACUCUGUAUGGCAUUAUUUAUUUGGGUUAUUUGGUUUGUUUGUGUCUAAUUUGUUCAAUUCUUUAAUUUGAAUAUUAUCCUUUAGUCAGAUGUAGGGUUCAUAAAGGUCCUCUCCAAGUCUGUGUGCUGCCAUUUGUACUAUUGAUAGAGUUGUUUAACUUCCAGAUACUUUUCACUUUUAUGCAUCCCUUUUAUUAAUUGUUAAUCUUAGUGUCUGAGCUGUUGGUGUACUAUUCACAGAGGUGUCUCCUGUACCAAUGAGUUCAAGGCUAUUCCCCACUCUCUCUUCUAUUGUGUUUAGUAUAUCCAGUUUUAUGUUACAGUCUUUGAUCCAAUUGGACUUGAGGUUUGUGCAGGGUGGUAAAUAUGGCUGUAUUUGCAUGUGUCUACAUGCAGACAUCAAGUUAGAGAAACACCAAUUGCUGAAGAUGCUUUCUAUUUUUCCUUUGUAUCUUUUUGACUUUGUCAAAUAUCAAAUUCCUGUAGGAAUGUGUGUUUAUUUCUUGGUCUUUAAUCUGGUUCCAUUAUCAAUCUGCCAGUUUCUAUGCCAAUACCAUGAAGUUUUAAUUACCAUUGCUCUGUAGUAUAGCUUGAAAUUAUGGCUGCUGGUACCGCCAGAAAUUCUUUUACAGUAUAGAAAUAUUUUAUCUAUAUUGCAUUUUCUUUCCUAUGAAGUUAAUGGUUGCUCUUUCAAAGUCUAUGAAUAAUUGUGUUGGAAUUUUGAUUGGAAUUGCUUUGAACCUAUCAAUUGCAUUUGGUAAGAUGGCCAUUUUUUACAAUGCUAAUUGUAUGAUCCUUGAGUUUGGGAGAUCUUUCCGUCUUCUGGUAUCUUCUUCAGUUUCUUCCUUCAGGGACUUGAAUUUCUAGUCAUACAGAUCUUUCACUUGCUUGGUUAGAAUUAUACCAAAACUAUUUUAUAUUGUUUGUGACUAUUAUUCAGGGUGUUGUUUCCCUAAAUUCAUCCUAAGCCUAUUUACUGUCUGUAUACAGAAGGGUUAUUGAUGUUUUUAGUAAAUUUUGUUCUGCGCCACUUUGUGGAAAGUGUUUGUCAUUGUAGGAGUUCUUUUUUAGAAUUUUUAGAUUCGCUUAUGUAUUCUACUAUAUCAUCUUCGUAUAGUGAUUCUUUGGUAUCUUCCUUUCCAAUCUGUCUCCUUGAACAUGUUCCGUUGUCUUAUUGCUCUAGCCUGGAAUUUGGUGGAAUUGCUUCAAUUUUUUUAAAAUUUAAUUUGAUGUAGUCUAUAGGCUUGCACUCCAUUGCCUUUAUUAUAUUUAGGUUUGAACCUUUUGUGCAUGAUCUCUACAUUCUUUUAAGAUGAAUGGCUGUUAGAUUUUUUGUCAAAGGCCUUUUCAGCAUCUGAUGAGAUGACCAUGUGAUUUUUUUCUAUCAGAUUAUUUAUAAGGUGAAUUAAAUUGAUGGAUUUACAUAUAUUGAACCAUCCCUGCAUCACUGAGAUGGAGGCUACCUCCUCUUGGUGGGCAAUAUUAAUGAUGUGUUUUUGGAUUCAGUUUCUGAGUAUUAUAUUGAGUAUUUUUAGAUCGCUUUCAUAAAUGAGAUUUUCUGAAAUUCUUUUUUUCUGUUGUGUUUUUAUUUUAUUUAGUUAUAGGGUGAUUGUGAUCCUAUAGAAUGAUUUUGGCAAUGUUCCUUCUUUUUCUGUAUUUUGUGGAAUAGUUUAAGGAGUAUUUGUAUUAGCUUUUCUUUGAAAGCCUGUCAGAAUUCUGUGCAAAAACCUGCUGGCUCAGAGCUUUUUAUUUUAUUUUGGAGACUUAAUGACUGCUUCUUUUUCCUUAGUGUAUGUAGGUCAUGUUUAUUUUUUUGUUUUGUGGUGUUUGUUUGUUCUUUUUGUUUUUGAAGUUAUUUUCUUUUUGUAGUCCUGACUGUCCUGUAAGUAGGUAUGUAGAUCAGGCAGGGUUCAACUUAGAGAUCCACUUUAAAGUGUCUCUAGAGUGCUGGGAUUAGUUGUGGGCCCACAUGCCUGGCCUUUUUGUUUCUUUGUUAUAUUAUUAUGUGAUAGGCCUGGAAUGUGCAUAUUGUAUAUGUCAAACAUAUGCUCUUCAUUAGGAUAUUAAUACUGUUUGAACCUCUGAAUCAUACGAUUGCUUGUUUUAAAAUUUUUUGAAUGAAUAUGACUAUUUUUCCUGUUUAUGUGAAUAAAUAUCUCAUGUGUGCCUGGUCCUCACAAGAUUCAGAACUCUUGAAUUUAGAAUAAUAGAUAGGUGUGAGCCUCUAUGUGUUGGGUCAAGGUAAGCCUUUAAGAGGCCCAUACGGAAUGGCAAGUAAAGCUUCAGGAACUCCUGUUUCUCCUUGAAAGGUUCUGAUCCAAUGCACACUGUUGCUUUACUAGUGACUCCUAGCACACUAGUGAAGUCUCAAAGGGAUCCAAGGCUAGUGCGGUGCUGCUUCCCCUUUCCAUAUAGGUAUAUGGAAAUAUAUACCACAAAACUAAGUUGUGGUGUGGCAACUCUCACAUUCCUUACAGUUGCACCAACCUGAUUGAUUGUUACUAGUAUUUGAGGCUAGUAUGGGAUGGUCUGAUUGGGCUUUCAGUCAUUUAAAGGCUGUAACGCUGUAACAAAGUUUGAUCUGCACCUUUGAAUGUUGUCUCUGGAGUUUGAUUAUCAGGUUUCUGUGUGGACCCUGUCACCCCUAACCCACCUACCCCAUGGUACCUGAUCGCCAUCUGUGUAAGUACUGGCAAUCAGGCCCAAAUAUCUGCAAGACCAACAAGAUCUCUUCACAGCUGAGCCAUCUCUCAUGUCCUAUGUUGCCUAUUUCAUUUAUUUAUUCAUUCAUUUUUUAUUUCUAAUAAUUUAAUUUAAAUUUGUGUGCAUUGAUGUGAGGAUGUCAGAUUGAUUGAAUUGGAGUUACAGAUAACUAUGAGCUGUCAUGUGGGUGCUGGGAAUUGAACCCCUGUCCUCUGGAAGAACAGACAGUGUUCUUAACCACUGAACCAUACCUCCAGCCCCCAUGUUGCCUAUUUAUGAUCAACAUUUACAUUCCUAAUAUUUGCAUCUCUCCUUUUGUAAUUGUUCAAGUUUUCAUUUCAUUUUAGCAAGAUCGUAUUAAUGUUACAAUUUAAGUGAGGCACUUCAGGUUUCUAGACAUGUAUACAGUACUGGAUAGAAUAUAUAACUCUUUGUAGAAACUUGAGAAUGAUCUUUCAGUUCUUUCCAUGUUUUUAGUUUGAUUGAUUUUUUUGCAGAUUAUUCAGGUUCUUAUUAUGUACUCCUGACUGUCCUGGAACUUAUUGCAGAGAGCAGGCUAGCAUCCAGCUCUAUGAGAGUGCAUUGACCUACAAUGAUGUGCAUGUGAACUUCACUCGAGAAGAGUGGGCUUUGCUGGAUCCUUCCCAGAGGAGUCUAUACAAAGAGGUAAUGCUGGAGACCUACAGGAACCUCACUGCUAUAGGAUACAAUUUGGAAUAUCAUAAUAUUGAAGAGAAUUGUCAAAGUUCUAGAAAACAUGCAAGGUUUGAAAAUAGUCAUAGUGGAGAGAAAGCUUCUGAAGAUACUCGAUAUGACGAAGUCUUUACACGUCACAUUAGUCCCCACACAUAUAAAAGUAUGCAUAUUGGUGAGGAUCGCUAUGAAUGUAACCAAAAUGGUAAUGCCUUUGCACAUAACAGUCACCUCCUAACACAUAAAAGGACACAUAUUGGAGAGAAACCUUAUGAAUGUAACCAACGUGGUAAAGCCUGUGCACGUAACAGUAAUCUAAUACACGAAAAAAAUCACAAUGGAGAGAAACCUUAUGAAUGUAACGAAUGUGGAAAAGCCUUUGCACGUAAAAGUACUCUCAUAGUACAUGAAAGAACUCACUCUGGAGAGAAACCUUAUGAAUGUAACCAAUGUGGUAAAGCCUUUGCAUGUAAUAGUAGUCUCCAAAUACAUAAAAGAACUCACACUGGAGAGAAACCAUAUGAAUGUAACAAAUGUGGUAAAGCCUUUGCACGUAACAGUACUCUCCUAGUACAUGAAAGAACUCACACUGGAGAGAAACCAUAUGAAUGUAACCAAUGUGGUAAAGCCUUUGCACAUAACUGUCAUCUGGUAGUACAUAAAAGAACUCACACUGGAGAGAAACCUUAUGAAUGUAACCAAUGCAGUAAAGCCUUUGCACGGAGCAGUCAUCUGGUAGUACAUAAAAGGACUCACCCUGAAGAGAAGCCUUAUGAAUGUAUCCAAUGUGGUAAGGCCUUUAAACAUAACAGUAAUCUCCUGAUACAUAAAAGAACUCACACUGGACAGAAACCUUAUGAAUGUAACCAAUGCGGUAAGGCCUUUGCAUGGAACAGUCAUCUGGUAGCACAUAAAAGAACUCACACUGGAGACAAACCUUAUGAAUGUAACCAAUGUGGUAAAGCCUUUAAACAUAACAGCAGUCUCCUGCUACAUAAAAGAACUCACACUGGACAGAAACCUUAUGAAUGUAACCAAUGUGGUAAAGCCUUUGCACGGAACAGUCAUCUGGUAGUACAUAAAAGAACUCACACUGGAGAGAAACCUUAUGAAUGCAACCAAUGUGCUAAAGCCUUUGCAUGUUACAGUGCUCUCCUAAAACAUAAAAAAACUCACACCUGAGAGAAACCUUAUGAAUAUAACGAAAGUUGCAAAGACUUUGCACGUAACAGUAAUUUCCUAAUACAGAAAAGAACUCCCACUGGAUAUAAACCUUAUGAAUGUAACCAAUGUGGUAAAGUCUUUGCACAGAAUAGUCAUCUGGAAGUACCUAAAAGAACUUACAUUGGAGAGAAAUCUUAUGAAUGUACCUCAUAUGAUAAAGUGUAUGCAUUUCAGAGUAGUCUCUGAAAACCUAAAAGAACACAACUUGAAGAAAAAAAACAUUAUGAAUGUAAUCUGUUUGGCAUCAUCUUUGUACAACACAGUCAUCUCCUAAUACAUAAAAAUGCAUGUUGCAGAAAAUUCUUAUGAAAAUAACCAAUGUCAUAAAAGCUUUUCAUGUAAGAGUCAUCUUGAACAAGAACACUUACUGGAGUGAAACCCUAUGACUGUAAUCAAUGUGUUAAAGCCUUUGCAUAUCAUAAUAAUCUCCAUGUACAUAGAAGAAUACACACUGGAGGAAAACUAUGAAUGUAACUAAUGUGAUAAAGCUUCUUGACGUAAUAGUAAUAUCAUAUGACAGAAAGAACAUAUACUGGAGAGAAACCUUAUGAAUGUAACCAAUGUUCUAAAAGUUGCUCUUCACACUCAUCUUCAAAGUCAUGAAAGAAUUCAUAUUGGACUGAAAGACUAUGAGUGCAUUUAGCAUGGUGAAGCUCUUCCACAUUUGUAUAGUCAUCAUCAUUAAAGAAUUCAUACUGGAGAGACAUUAAUGAAUGUUUUAAAAUGUGAGGGCUUUGCAUAUAUCUAUAUUUUUCAUCAUUAUAAAGGUUUCAUAAUGGAGAGGAAUUCCAAGAAAAAAACAUUUUUAAGAGGUGCAGCUGAGAGGCACUGUGGUUAUGUGGACUAGAUAUGCAAAAUAUUUCAAGUGUUUCACAUCUUUCUUCUUCACAUGUUCUCUUUACAAAAUAAUUAGAACCCUGUGUCUCUCCACACCCCUGCCCUGUGGAUCUUCUGUACUUUCUCCUGCCUUCUUUGAUUUCUUUUGUUUUCAACCCAUUAAGAAUUUAUUGUAAUGGAGACUUAAAAAAUGAAAUAAAAUGAAUUUUCAAAUCUUUU